AUGAUUCCCAAAGACUAUCGAUUCUACAGCCCCGAGGGACGCGUAUAUCCAAACGGUGGCCCUCGUUCCUGGGUUGUCAUUGAUUUUGACCAGCGUCGCUGCUUUAGAAUCGCAGGCCCGGCUGAGAUCCUCCCUGACCAUGAGAGUGCAGAGAAACUUGUUGCGCAAUAUGCUGAUCAUGUUGGACCAGAAGUGCAUUUAAUACAGUUGUCUGCCGAUGGCAGCCUGUUAAGUGUCUCAUCGGAUAAUGACCCUACGUGGGAAAUUAGAUAUUCAGACGUCCCCGAAUCUGUCAAAGACAGCGAGCUGGUGUGUAGAUCGGAGUUAAUUGAGGUUGACAGGCUCCAUGUUUGUACAGAUGUUGUUCAACACCCUCAAAGUAAUGAAGUCGUGGCAUUCAAAUAUGCCAUUACGCAAGAAAACGUGCCAAGUAUCUGGGAUGAGCUACAUAUACUCAAAGCAUUGAAACAUAAUAAAUGUUUUGUUGACUUUCAUCGUGUGGUCAUUGACGAUGUUUCCCGGAAGAUCCUUGGGUUCACAUCGAAAUUCAUAUUCGGCCCCACGCUUGAGCACUAUCAUAGCACCUUCUACUUCCACUGGCUGGAGCAGCUCACCACAGCCGUCGAUAUUUUGAAUCUUCAAUUUGGAAUUAUGCAUCAGGAUGUCGCACCCCGGAACAUUAUGGUUGAUUCAAUGGACUUGAAGCUUUUCGACUUUGACAAGGCAGUUCGUAUUGGAGGUCAGGAACAGUAUCCCACGCUCAAUGAUGUUGAUGGGGUUGUUUUUACUGUCUACGAAGCUCUCACGAAGGACGAGCAUUUUCGCCAGGUAGAUUUCCGGGAACGGGAUGCUCACGUUGUCGAAUCAUUGAAAGAGUGGGAGUUGGUCAUCCCGUUAGAGGAUGGAAAGAGCAUUGUCGAAUAUCGAAAUCAGCUGGGAACAUGGGCCGCCUACCGAAGACAAAACCGAACGAUUACUCACCAAUCUGAGGCAACAAACCCGAUUGUGUGGCCUGAGUACAAAAAACCCCCUACUUUCAGAAUUCCUUGUCCAAGUGGAGAAAUUGAAGUCUCUUGUCGACACAGAAAGGAUGCCUUGGCUGUUGGAGAUUAUGUCACUCUUUGGGAAAGGGCUUCGUCUUAUCAAAAAGUGGAAACAAACUCCAUGAAUGCGACGAUAAAAAAAAGCCAAUGCACGGAAAGCAGUCUAUGA